ACUUUUUCCUAUCUGUACUAUCUAUAUAUAUGCUGCCCCUUUAUUACUCUCAAACCAAACUCAAGAACACACACAUUCUUAUAACUUUGAUCCCAAAUUAUCCUUCAAUACUUUGAUUUUUAAACAUUCUUUUUAUCAACUAAAAAUUUGUGUAAGAAUAAGACAAGUUCCUACAACUGCAAGUAGUUUUUUGGUUCUGAUGGCAAGUCUUCAAGCCACAACUUUGUUGUUUUCCUCUUCUUGUUCUUCUUUCUCAACUAAAACCAAUUGCCAGAGAAGCAUAACAACAAGAGCUUCCUUAAAUAUUCCCAACAAUGCUUUAAGCUCUUUGUCUCUUCCAAAGUUUCAACAAAGAGGGAGCAAUGUAGAGGAGUUGGACUUUAGAAGAGCUACUAAUAAUUAUACGCAAACUCAUCCCGGAGAUACUUCUCCUCUGAGUUCUUAUGAAGAAACUUCCUCUGAUCCGGUUGUGAUGGCUAAGCUUUACGCGAUCAUGGACUCUGUAGCCGACAGAAUUGAGAUGCAUAAGAACAUUUGUGAGCAGAGAAACAACUGGAACAGCUUAUUGUUAACAUCCAUCAACACGAUUACACUUGCAGCCACGACUAUGGUUGGCAUAGCAGCUACAAGUUCAGCAGAUGGAACAGCUUUACUAUCUUUGAAAAUGACUUCCACUUUACUUUUCAUGGCAGCCGCAGGUAUGCUAGUUAUGAUGAACAAGAUCCAACCAUCUCAAUUGGCUGAGGAACAAAGAAACGCGACAAGAUUGUGUAAGCAACUCCACAGCCAGAUUCAAACAACGAUAGCCAUCGGUAAUCCAACCACUCGAGAUGUUAGAGAAGCAAUGGAGAAAGUAUUGGCUAUUGACAAAGCCUUCCCGCUUCCAUUACUUGGAAAAAUGCUUGAAAAAUUCCCAAGUGCAGUGGAACCUGCAGUGUGGUGGCCACAGCAAAGGCGAAAACAACCAAAGGGACUUGGAAAUGGUAUGUAUAAAAACGGAUGGAGUGAAAGGCUAGAAAAGGAAAUGAAGGAAAUAGUUGGAGUUCUGGGGAAACAUGAUAAGGCCGACUACAUUAGGCUGGGCAAGAAAGCUUUAAAAAUAAACAAAGUGUUGGCUGUUUCGGGUCCUUUACUAACAGGGUUAGCUGCUGUUGGUAGUGUUCUUGUGGGGAACUCUUCAAGUCCUACUGUUGGUGCAGUGGGAUCCGUUCUUGGCAUUGUGGCUGGAGGAAUGGCUAGCGUUGCAAACACAUUAGAACACGGUGGACAAGUGGGAAUGGUGUUUGAAUUGUAUAGGAGUAAUGCAGGCGUAUUUAAAGAAAUGGAGGAGUACAUAACAUCAAAUUUGGAGGAGAAGGACGUGGAGAGGAGAGAAAACGGAGAAAUUCUUGAAAUGAAAGUGGCUUUGCAAUUGGGAAGGAGUCUAUCAGGGUUAAGAGACCGAGCUGAUAAAGGACAGUUUGAUGAAGAGUUUGGAAGCAAGCUGUUUUGAUGCAACUCUAGUCCAUUUUGUGAUCAAGAGUGUUGUUUUAUGCUUUAGUUUUUGUAUAUGUAGGAGCUAACGUUAACAUAAAGAUGAUAUACAUCCUUCUUUGUAAAUUCUUGGAAUUAAAUCAAAAGUUCUUUUCUUGUA